AUGAGCUUCAUCGCGCCACUCUGGAGAACCCCUCUGAGGUCACGAGGCAGCAUUGCCGCAGCAGCUUGGCCACUCCGCUCACGUCUCAGCCUCUCACGCCAUGCGGUAAGGCACAUUGCCGUGCCUUCUCGUGAGGCUCCUGGGGAUGUCGGCGUCCGGGACCUUCGCAACAUCGGCAUCAUUGCCCAUGUCGAUGCCGGAAAGACAACGACGACGGAGCAGAUGCUCUACAACAGCGGGGCAACAAGGCACGCUGGAAAUGUGGACCACGGAGACACAGUCACAGACUUCUUGCCUAUGGAGAGGCAGCGAGGCAUUACUAUCCAGUCGGCUGCCAUCACUUUCCCGUGGCCGCCCCAGGAGAGACUCGGUCCAGGCGAGAGGUCAAAUGUCAUCAACCUCAUCGACACGCCUGGCCACGUCGACUUUCGCUUCGAGGUUGAGCGGUGUAUGCCCGUGCUCGACGGCGCUGUAUGUGUCAUUGAUGGCGUCGAGGGAGUCGAGGCUCAUACUGAGCGUGUAUGGGCAUCUGCCAACGAGUUCAAGGUUCCUCGGAUAAUAUUUGUCAACAAGCUCGACCGGGAGGGUGCCUCGUUCAAAAAGUCCAUCCAGGACAUUGGCGUGAAGCUCAAUGGCAUGCCUUUGGUGUGCCAGAUUCCUUGGUGGAGCCAGGACACAGUCAAGGGUAUCGUGGAUGUCAUCGAGGGCACAGUCGUCAGCUGGGCCGGCACCAAGGACAAACCCGAAGAUCUCAGCGUGCACAAGGUCGAAGGCACGCUCAAGGACGAGUGCGAUACUGCACGAGAGAAGCUUGUUGAGCUGCUAUGCGAGAAGGACGACGACUUGCUCGAGAAAUGGACAGAGAUGGGCAAGGACCUGCCGAGCGCAGACAUCAAGAACAGCAUACGCCGGAUAAUCAACGAUGGGCACGGCUCCUUGAUCCCCGUGUUUGCGGGGUCAAGUCUGAAGAAUAUUGGAGUUGCGUCUCUCCUGAAUGCCGUCAACGAGUACUUGCCCAGCCCGCAAGAUCGGCCUGAGCUCGAGGUCCGGAUAGGCAAGGAGCAGCAAUCACUGACCAAGGCACUUUCAUCAACAACUUCGAACAAGAAAAAUGCACCCAAGGUCGAAGCGCUGGCGUCGGUGUUCAAGGUCGUCAAUGACCCGGUCCGUGGGAUGUUGACCUUCGUCAGAGUAUACUACGGCAACCUGCGGAAGAACAUGUCCAUGUGGAAUACCAACCUCCAAGAGUUCGAGCGACCGCUGAACAUGCUGCAGAUUGCGGGUGGCAAGACGAUAGAGAUACCUCACAUCAGCACGGGGUCCAUUGGCGCCAUCACAGGCCUUAAGGCUGCUCGAACCGGUGACACACUGUUGACUUUCAGCACGCCGAAGGCGCCAGCUUCGCUCGUGUCGACAAUACAAGUCCGCCCACCGGAUAUCCCACCUGCUGUGGCUUUCAUGUUUGUAGAAGCCUACACGCCAACAGGCGCCAGAGCUUUGGAAACUGCCCUGCAGAAUGCAUCUCGUGAAGAUCCGAGCUUGCGAUGGUCACUUGACGAAAAGACGGAGCAGUACACACUGUCCGGGAUGGGCACGUUGCAUCUCGAAGUCGCCAGAGACCGGUUAGAAAAUCACUAUAAAGUAGAGGCAAUCUGGGGCAAGAUCGCCGUCGACUACAAAGAGUGCCUGUCCCAAGCAACGCCUCCCACGGCCGCAGCCUUCGACAAGGUCGUUGCCGGCAAGGCGGGCAAAGCAGGUUGUACAGUCGUUGUCGAACCGUUUACGGACGAGGAUCGCGAGGCCCUUGCCGGUUCAUUCAUCGAACGAGACGGCAAUAUUAUCAAGAUAGACAUCAUAGACAGCCAGGACAGCGGCACCAGUACCAGUGAAGACUUUGACGCCCAUGGGAUCCGGCAACAACUCACCAAUGGUGCCAUUGCAGCAUUGACCCGUGGGCCCCGACGCAGCUCGCCAAUGCACCAGUGUCUGGUGACCGUGACCUUCGACACCAGCACGGACUACUUUGGCCCAGCACCGGGCCACACUGCCAGUGCAGCCAGCAAGGCUGUCCGCCUGGCCCUCAAAGACGCGCACGACAAGGGACACAUUGGCAUCAUGGAGCCCGUGAUGAAGACGACCAUCUCGUGCCCGGACGCCGCGGCGGAGGCGGUCCAGCACGACCUCCACUCCGCGCGGGGCGGCCAUGUUCUCGAGGUCCGCGACCUGGCCGACGACUCUAUGCGCGAAGGCAGCGACGUCUUUCUGUCCGACAUCUACGCCCCGCCCGACCCGUACGAGUUCCAGACCACGCUGCGAGAUACGCAGCGGGGCCGGAUGCGGAUGUUGCAGAUUGUCGCAAAGGUGCCCCUUGCCGAGAUGCUCGAUUACGACGGCGUCCUCCGGAGCAAGACGAAAGGACGGCAUACCCUGACCAUGGAGCUCGAGAGCUUCGAGAAGGUCACCGGGGCUAGGGAGAAGAACCUGUAA